AUGGCUGCGGUGAGAGAUCACACGAGGGUGAAGAACAGUGGGGGUGAAGAACAGUGCGGGCGAUGCCGUGAGCAUUGUCUGUGCAAGAGUUCGAGGGCCUCAUGUGGUUUCGGGGAGGACCGAGGAAGUCACACUAGCUAUCGGGAGCAGUGUAGACAACCGCCUCCAGACGAAAAACUAGCCGGAAGAGGAGGAGUACCUCCGCCCAGGCCAGACGACCCUUGGAGUGAGUGCGGCAGCGGCUGCUCUCAGGAAUUGAAGGAGGGCAUCACGCCUGUGUCUGCCGGGCAGUACAGGGUUCUGCCGAACGGUUACAAGUUACCCGUCCAGUAUUGGACAGACCAGUCAUCUGCCAGAAGAGAGGACGGCACACCUGCGCACGGAGGCGGGCGAGACCACGAUGGGGAGAAGACGAGACCCUGUGUGGAUUUGAACGCGUGGUGGUCUACAUGUGACGCCCUAUACUGCAGUUAUGGGAGGAUUCAUGCGCCCCAACCAGGCGUCUGGAUAACAUAUACUGGCGGUCAACUGGUGCUACACCGGAGAGGUGUCGUUACGACGCUCACCCACAUCUCGGACUUGAUGGAUACACCUUGGGUGGGGCAGAAAGGACGCAAUAGACUAGCCGUGGCUGCAGAGCAGAGGUGGCUAGUUGGGGAAGUUCUGAGGCUGGUAGGCAUCGGGACUGUCGAGCUGGCCUGCUCCGGUGGAGGCGGGUACGGAAAGAUAGUGUUCGAUGUGCCCAUCCCGGCUUACCCGGAGUAUCUAGCUGUACGUGGUCUGGAACCUGUAAUAUGGGACCCAAGCUUAUGGUGGGUGGACGUCGUUAAUUACACAGGAGUGGGAAACGGGCCACCGUGGGUAGUGAGCAAUCUUCUAGUACCUAAGUGCCACGACAAGGUGCGCACAGGGAGGGUCAUACCCCAGCCUACUGUGAGUGACUACGGUUGGAGAGGAGACACGGAGGCAUGCGGCAUCGACCCUUGGACAGUGGUUCGAGUUGGUAAGGACCCGCGUAACAAACAACCACUGUAUGCAAGGGUUGUUGAUUUAAUGGACGCUACUGCACCAGGCGUAAUUAUAGAUGUGGGCAAUAUGAGUGAUAUUGCGCACUGCCCAGGACAGCUACUGCUGGCGGGUACGUCUAAGGGAGUGCAUCUGGUGCCUGCUGCGAAUAUGGUAGGGUCACCUACCGGAAGGUUUGACUCUGAGUAUGUCCAGGUGGGAGAACCUGAUGCAGUUUUGGCACCUACGAGGCUCGACAGCCGUGACGCUACAUCGCGGAUGAUAAGAGUGUCGAGGGCGAUGGGCAGCGCUAGUACGGAAACGAUUAGCAAACCGGGUUGGCUAACACCGAAGGAGGUACUACUAGCGUUGUGCAGUGGGACCGACCAACUACCUCUGAAUAACGAAACUGGGUGCUACUUAACGUUGAGGGGUCGCAAAUCCUACAACGACCCGACCGUGACGAUGCGGCCGGUUACCGUGAGACUGCUGUGCGAGGCGGACCUUCUGGCCGCUACACCAAAGGGGACGCUCGUCUCUCACCCAGGGAGAUGGCUCCUAGGCAUCUCAGAUUGUCAUAUACGGGCUUACGGCCCCGGGGCAACCCAGUUGACGGUGGAGUCGCUUGACUGGGAGGUCAACGGUACCAGGUGUGGAGUUCGGCCACUACCAUAA